AUGCCAAUGAAGGGCAGAUAUGGCCAUAUCAAAAUUUUUGCUUUAUUUCUACUGCGUCAGGUGCAUAUUCUCCUAUUUUCCUAUUUUUCAUCCAUUCAGCCACACAAUGGUGAAAGACUGAGGAACGGAACGGAAGCUGCUCUGCGUCAUAGCGGGAAGAAAGUCGUGCCGCUUCAGAACCCGAACCGCGUCCGUCGAGGCUUAAAGACCACUUCUUUGGUUCCUUCCAGGGUCGCUGGGCCGUUGCUCUGCUGGUGGGCCUGCUGGCCUCCUCCUGCCUGGCCUCCUACGGGAGCGGAGGGAGCACAAGUGGCGGAGGAUGUGGACAAGGCGGGUGCGGUGGAGGAUACUCAAGCGGGUCAUCUAGCGGUUCAGGAGGAUAUUCUGGCGGUUCAUCAGGAGGAUACUCCGGCGGUUCAUCUGGUGGUUCAGGAGGAUAGGUGGUUCAUCAUUCAGGAGGAUACUCCGGCGGUUCAUCCGGCGGUUCAGGAGGAUACUCCGGUGGUUCAUCCGGCGGUUCAGGAGGAUAUUCUGGCGGUUCAUCAGGAGGUUACUCCGGCGGUUCAUCUAGCGGUUCAGGAUACUCCGGUGGUUCAUCCGGCGGUUCAGGAGGAUAUUCUGGCGGUUCAUCAGGAGGUUACUCCGGAGGAUACUCCGGUGGUUCAUCCGGCGGUUCAGGAGGAUACUCCGGUGUUCAUCCGGCGGUUCAGGAGGAUCUGGCGGUUUCAGGAGGUUACUCCGGUGGUUUCAUCUGCGGUUCAGGAGGAUACUCCGGUGGUUCAUCUGGCGGUUCAGGAGGAUACUCCGGUGGUUCAUGGCGGUUCAGGAGGAUAUGGUUCAGGAGGAUACUCCGGUGGUUCAUCUGGCGGUUCAGGAGGAUACUCCGGUGGUUCAUCCGGCGGUUUCAGGAGGAUACUCCGGUGGUUCAUCUGGCGGUUCAGGAGGAUACCCGGUGGUUCAUCUGGCGGUUCAGGAGGAUACUCCGGUGGUUCAUCUGGCGGUUCAGGAGGAUACUCCGGUGGUUCAUCCGGCGGUUCAGGAGGAUACUCCGGUGGUUCAUCUGGCGGUUCAGGAGGAUACUCCGGUGGUUCAUCUGGCGGUUCAGGAGGAUACUCCGGUGGUUCAUCUGGCGGUUCAGGAGGAUACUCCGGUGGUUCAUCUGGCGGUUCAGGAGGAUACUCCGGUGGUUCAUCCGGCGGUUCAGGAGGAUACUCCGGUGGUUCAUCUGGCGGUUCAGGAGGAUACUCCGGAGGAUACUCCGGUGGUUCAUCCGGUUCAGGAGGAUACAGGUACUCCGGUGGUUCAGGUCUCCGGUGGUUCAUCUGGCGGUUCAGGAGGAUACUCCGGUGGUUCAUCUGCGGUUCAGGAGGAUACUCCGGUGGUUCAUCUGGCGGUUUCAGGAGGAUAUCUUCAGGAGGAUACUCCGGUGGUUCAUCUGGCGUUCAGGAGGAUACUCCGGUGGUUUCAUCUGGCGGUUCAGGAGGAUACUCCGGUGGUUCAUCUGGCGGUUCAGGAGGAUAUUCUGGCGGUUCAGGAGGAUACUCCGGUGGUUCAUCUGGCGGUUCAGGAGGAUACUCCGGUGGUUCAUCUGGCGGUUCAGGAGGAUACUCGGUGGCUUCAUCUGGCGGUUCAGGAGGAUACUCCGGUGGUUCAUCUGGCGUUUCAGGAGGAUACUCCGGUGGUUCAUCUGGCGGUUCAGGAUACUCCGGUGGUUCAUCCGGCGGUUCAGGAGGAUACUCCGGUGGUUCAUCCGGCGGUUCAGGAGGAUACUCCGGUGGUUCAUCUGGCGGUUCAGGAGGAUACUCCGGUGGUUCAUCCCAGGAGGAUACUCCGGUGGUUGGCGGUUCAGGAGGAUACUCCGGUGGUGGUUUCAGGAGGAUACUCCGGUGGUGGCGGUUCAGGAGAGGAUACUGGAGGAUACUCCGGUGGUUCAUCUGGCGGUUCAGGGGUGGUUCAUGGCGGUUCAGGAGGUACUCCGGUGGUUCAAUCGGCGGUUCAGGAGGUUACUCCGGUGGUUCAUCUGGCGGUUCAGGAGGAUACUCCGGUGGUUCAUCUGGCGGUUCAGGAGGCUAUUCUGGCGGUUCAUCUAGCAGUUCAGGGGGGUAUUCUGGUAGUUCAUCUAGUGGAUUUAAUUUUGGCGGUUCAUCCGGAGGUUCAGGAUACAACAGUGGUUCGUCUGGUAAUUCAGGGGAGUAUUCUGGUGGUUCAUCCGGAGGAUUCGACUUCGGCGGUUCAUCAAGCGGUUCCGGUUAUUCUAGCAAUUCUGGCAGUUCUGGAUCAUUCGACUUCGGUGGUUCAUCCAGCGGUUCAGGAUAUUCCAGUGGUUCAUCUGGAGAUUCUGGAGAAUAUUCUGGUGGUUCAUCCGGAGGAUUCGACUUCGGCGGUUCAUCCAGCGGUUCAGGAUAUUCCAGUGGUUCAUCUGGAGAUUCUGGAGAAUAUUCUGGUGGUUCAUCCGGAGGAUUCGACUUCGGCGGUUCAUCCAGCGGUUCAGGAUAUUCCAGUGGUUCAUCUGGAGAUUCUGGAGAAUAUUCUGGUGGUUCAUCCGGAUUCGACUUCGGCGGUUCAUCCAGCGGUUCGGGAUAUUCCGGCGGCUCAUCCGGUGGUUCAGGAGGGUACUCCAGUGGUUCGUCUGGAGGACUCGACUUUGGUGGUUCAUCCAGCGGUUCAGGAUACUCAGGCGGUUCUUCCGGAGGGUUCAAUUUUGACGGUCUUGGCGGGUCACUCGGAGGCUAUCUCCCGCCUUCAAGGAAGUGAGUCAACGCCCUGGCACCGCCUCCCGCUGGCUCCGGCGAAAGGAAAGGCUGCGGCCGUGGACGAGCGGCCUCUGUUUCUCUCAGGACUUAAUUAUUUGUUAA